GUCAUGCCUGUGCAACGCUGAUGCUUAGCGCGAUGGUCAUGUUUGCGGUCCUCGGUCACCGUGUGAUAACCAGGUGCCGGACCAGGCGGGGCGUCCCCUUGUGCUACGUACAUCAACACUUGCCAUCCUGCUUGCCAUGCUUCUCAAUCAUUCCUGCAACGCCUUCCCUGGCCCUUGCAGGACGUAAGUGGCCAUGUGCAACGUGUGCGGACUCAAGGAAGGAGGCAAGAACAUGUUUCGGGACCACGCCACCGCGGUGGGACUUGUCCUUCACGACCUGUGUGGCAUCCAUGGAGCGCUGGUGUCGCGCCACCACACAUUGGAAACCAUGGCCUGCGAGCUCAACACCAUCCUUGAACACACGCCGCCAGAGCUCCGGCAGCGCUGGUGGGCCGUGGAGGGCGGGACGCCGUUGUGCCGGUGCUUCGUGUGCCCGUGCUGCACCAGGGUGCUGCCCUCCGCCACCGCCAACACCCACCUGACGACUGCACUCACACACAUAGCGGUCGGGCUGGACACCGUCAGCCUCCAGCGCUUUAAGACCCUACGGCAGCGGGGCGACCUGGCGGCUCGGCGGGCGAUGCGUGACAUGCUGAUCCUGCAGGCGGGGGGCCCCCGCGGCGUCUCUGUUGUGGACCCUGGAACAGGGCGGCACUGGUGCGGCCACAACCCGCUUACCGCACAAGAGCGAGAGACGCAGCAAGGUUACCAGAGCUUCUUGAGUGAUUGCUGGAGCGGCCUGCGCUCACGGUACCCGCCCACUCAGCCAAGCGCUCCGCUACCGGCACCGCCGGCGUCGCUGGUGAAGCAGCCACCAGCGCAGCCACCGGCACAGCCACCGGCGCAGGUGUCCCUGGAGGAUCGGCUUAAGUACGUGGAGGCUCAGUUGCCACAGCUAGAGGCAUUGCUGCAACAGCAGCAGCAGGAGCGGCAGCGGCAGGGAGCUAGCUCAGGGGGCCCCUGGGUCAGCGCAACGCAAGCGGCUUCGGUCUCGGCAGCGGCGGGUGCCGCUGCGGCAUGCACGGAUGGGGUGAACGGGCUCGGAAGUCACGAGGGCGCAGAACCGCUGCUGCAGCCGACGCGGCACCAGCAGCAGCACGGUCUCGCUGUUGAUGCACAUGACCGCACUCUGGCUUCGACUGGGGUGGUGGCAUGGGUCAUGGCGCAGGUUUGCAAUGUGCGUGAGCGGGAGGAGCCCCAGGAUGCACGGGGGGAUCUGAAGCGGGCGCGAUGAGAGCACAGCACGCGGCAACUCGGCGGGCAUGUUGUUGAUGGCCGCUGAAUGAAGUGCCCUUUUGUGCUGGGCUGGGACUGAGCUGGGGCAGCACCAAGCAUUCAACACGGAAUAAGAGCACCUAGGGCACAGGGAUGGGGUGGCCCGAUUGCCCAAGCACCGCUGUUGGGCAGGCGUAGGGGUGGAUUGGCCGGGCAGGUGGCCCACACUUGCACUCGUGGAAUGGUACCUCAGUGCCGCUACCGGUUUACUGGGGAUGAAGGGGGAGGAUACUUCCGAAAUAGCUGAUGCUGGAAGUAUUGUUGGACAUGCGCAGUUUUAGACUGGCCUGCCCCGCCAAGCAGGCAGUGCGCCACUGGACGGGGCCACGACCGAUCCGCUGGGGCUCAUGCGUGGAGUGGUACCGCAAUGGUACUCUUGGUCUGAUGG